AUGGCACGAUUCCGCCUCAACCUGGAUCGAGCCACGAUCAAUGAAACGUGUACGGACAAGGAUCGUCACUGCUUUGAGUGGGUGGCUGCAAAUGGAAACGAUUGUGAAUCGGUGGCCUAUGUGAAGACGAGCUGUCGAAAGACGUGUGUCGAGUGCGGAACGCCAGACAAAAGAUUCGAUGUUCGAAAUAUGCCCGAUGAGUUGAGACCAAUCGGUUUCCUGUUGGGUGUGUGGCGAUCAGAAGCCGGCGGCAAAGCAAUCUUUCCAACAAUCCCAGUUUUCACAUAUGGUGAAGAGAUCUCAAUAUCACUGCCGAAUAAGGGGAUGAAAGGUCUUAAAGCACUUAAUUACACUGCGUUCGCAUGGGACAUAAACAACAGACAGGAACUGCAUGCUGAAUAUGGAUAUCUUGCGAUGAAACCGCAUUCGAAGCAGAUAGCACUGACCACCGUCAUGGACAAUGGUCAGCACUGCAUUCAACAGUUGAUUUUAACACUACUGAUAGCAGUUCUAUUUGGAACGGUGAUGAUUCGUGAAUGGCGACUAUUGGAUAGUACUACCUUUGAAGCUCGUCUCUUCAUGGAAACCCUAACGCAUCGAAUGCAAAUGCACACGUCAAUUAUUUAUAAAAAAAUUUAUCCUUUAUAA